GUUUCAAAGUUGGUAAGAUUCCCUUUGUCGUCCCUUCACACUCUGAGGAGCCACGCUGUCUACCAGUCCUGGAGAAGCUUACAGUUUAUUCCAGGAUCCGGGCUUUCUACGUGCCAGCCUUGGACUCUUGAGACCAAAUGUCUUCAUCUGCGGUAAAAUCUAGAAAAAUAAGUGCUUACACAGCAGUUAAGGUAGACCCCGAGAGUGACUACUGUACACCUGGAGCGUUUGAUUUGGAGAGGCUCUUCUGGAAAGGAAGCCCCGAAUACACACAUGUCAAUGAAGUCUGGCCCAACCUCUACAUAGGAGACGAGAAAACUGCCCUUGAUCGGUACAGCCUCCAGAAAGCUGGCUUCACCCAUGUACUCAACGCAGCGCAUGGACGAUGGAAUGUGGAUACUGGGCCUAAUUACUACGCGGACAUGGCCAUCCAGUACCACGGAGUGGAGGCUGAUGACCUUCCCACCUUCAACCUGAGCCAGUUCUUCUACUCUGCUGCCGAGUUCAUCCACGAAGCACUCCAGGAUGAGACCAACAAGAUCCUGGUCCACUGUGCCAUGGGGCGUAGCCGCUCAGCAGCCUUGGUCUUAGCCUAUCUGAUGAUUUACAAGCACAUGACCGUGGUGGAUGCCAUCGGCCAGGUGCUGAAGCACAGAUGCAUCCUUCCGAACCGCGGAUUCCUGAAACAGCUCCGGGAACUGGACAUAAAGCUGGCCUUGGAAAGGAAAAACGGCACCAACCAGCUCAACGGUAGCAAAGAGCAAAAUUCCCACGCAGAGAUUUAACAUUCCGUUUCUUUGAAAAUAAGUAGUGACAAAAUAAUCAAAGAGUGUGAAACCAUUAGGUAAAGAGCGUCAUUUGUUAUCAACGAAGGAAGGGACGAGGCGGGAGUCGAGAGGUGGAUGUAAUCAGAAGCCCUUCAAAUGGCUUCAGUUAUUUUCAGCUUGAUUAUAUGCAAAGGAGGAGCGGUGGAGGGCGGCCUUUCAAUAGGGAGCCUGCAGAAGAUGAGGAAGGCAGCUCUUCUGCAGAAAAGAAGGGCGGAACCUGCAAGAAAGCCUCAUGAUGGUACUGCAUUUAUCAGUGUACAGUGUACAGAAAGGGAAGACAUACAGUGUGUAAGUCUGGGUCGAACUGUGGAGUCCUGGGGACGUUCUGAACUUGGUUGUUGCUUUGCAGAUGUUUUAUUACCCAACUACCCUGUUUCCCUGAAAAUAAGACCUACCCCCAAAAUAAGCCCUAGCAUGCAUUUUACGCCUGUGCCUAAUAUAACCCUUACCCCCAAAAUAAGCCCUACUUAAGAGCCUGCGCAGCUGGCUGGCCACCCAUUCCAUCUGGUUGCUCGCAGUGCCAUGGCCACGAGGUGAGGCAGGGUAGUGAUGGAGCUGCCCUAGGCACCCAGCACCGGUUUACCUCAGACCCCGCAGCCAGGCCACCCAUGCCCUGACAUCUGCCUCAUGGCAGCAGCACCAGUACUCAUGUGCAGCAAGACAUGGUGUGCUUGUUCCCCAGCCAUGAGGCGAGGCAGGUGUCAGGGCACGGGUGGCCUGGCUGCAGGGGCCCUGAAGUAAACCUUGCAGGGCACAUGGGGCAGGUCCACCCUCUGCUUCACGGUGACGGCACUGGCAUACCACACAGCCUCCUGCCCCACUGCGAACAAGCAGAAGAAGUGGGCCUCCUGUACAUGGGGGGAAAAAUAAGACCCCUCCCAAAAUAAGCCCUAGUGCUUAUUUUGCAGCCCAAAAGAAAAUAAGACCCAGUCUUAUUUUUGGGGAAACAUGGGUAAGUAACAUCACCAGGGCACUGAUGUAUGUAAGCAAGUCUGCACCCAACCUCAGAGCGUACCAAGGAGUCCCAGAAUGUGCAAAAAGAAGAGCAACCUACUUGA